UAACUACUUCGCGCAUAGCUAAGCGUAUAAAGUGGUUUUAAAAUCGGAUUUCGUUACUGUUAUCGAUACUGACGACAACGUUGACGAUGGUUAAAUAGAUAAUAACGGCGUUUGAAUGAGCUUUAGGAAGGGAGCGUAAUCAGUUGAACGUAAUGUAACAUAAAUGCGCAGACUACUUUUCAAAAAGUAGUAUUGAGAAACAAUAUACAUAGAUCGUAAGAGAACAGUUGAAGAGUACAUGAAAGACGAGAUGAAUAUAUUGUUGUUAAAAAGUUACGUGUGUAUCACUGUGCUAUCGAUAUGGUCUCCAGCCUCUUACGCGCUACUUGGAAACGAAACGUUCUCGAUUUACUUGCCGAAUGGAAUCGCCGAAGCACGUGACAUAAAUCAACCGAUGCUGUCUAUUAAAAAUAAGGUGGUAGCGAAGCAAGCAACGAGAAGCGAUGGACAAGAAUCAUUCGUAUCUCUUAGGAUCGAAGAAAAGGAAUUAGAGAAAGAAAUUAACUGUACGGAUCGUUCUAUAUUUGAUUUUCCCGAGGAUUUGUUCACGUACAAAGAACGCCGUCACGGAGCCGUAGUGUUGCAUACCUUUCUCGGAUUAUAUUGUUUUCUAUUGACAGCAUUCGUUUGCCAUGAUUAUCUAUUACCAGCUAUCGACUGCAUAUGCGUCAGUAUGAACAUAAGCACCGAUGUUGCUGGAGCGACGUUCCUUGCUAUGAGCAGUUCCUUCCCUGAAUUAUUCGUGAAUAUAAUUGGAACGUUCCUAACCGAGUCGGAUCUUGGUGUUGGUACUGUUGUCGGUAGCGCCGUAUUUGACACGUUUGCAACUCCGGCCUGCGGAGCGUUAACGACUCUUUGCGCGAUACCGUUAGAAUGGCGAAUAUUGUCACGAGACUGUGCAAUGUACGUGGUAUCUAUUGGAGCAUUGGUAGCAAUAAUGUGGGAUCGUCGGAUUCAUUGGUACGAAGCCAUGAUUUUGUUAAUGUUGUUCUGCAUUUACCUAAUCUUGCUCUUUUGUGGCAAAGGUAUUUGGCAGUGUUGCGGUAAAAUCGUCCCUUUUAAUUCUAAAGCCGCGACAAAGUUGUCUAACGUUGAAGAGAAGUUGCCUCGUAAUGGCUCCUAUAAACUGCGCUCUCCAGAUGAUGUCGUUGCAGUUAGUCCUAGUAAAAACGUGGAUAUUAAAACAUUGGAAAGCCAACAGCGUGAUCUCGAAAAUGUUCUAGAGAAUUUUGACAAAUCGCUGGAACGUUCUGUUUCUGAAUAUUUAUUUACUUGGCCAAGGGAACGAACUAUGAUUGCAAAAUGUUGGUUUAUGUUUGGUUGGCCAUUAAAAUUUUUGCUAUAUGUAACGAUACCAGAUGUCCGGAUCGAACGAUUGAAACGCUGGUAUCCAUUGACAUUCAUUAUGUGUGUGAUUUGGAUCGGAAUAUCUUCUUAUUUAGUUUCUUGGAUGACGACGGUUGUAGGUGAUACAAUAGAUAUCCCGGAUUCCAUUAUGGGUCUUACAUUUUUAGCCGCCGGUGGAAAUAUGCCGGAGCUUGCGUCCAUCGUGAUUUUAGCCAGACAAGGGGACGGAAAUAUGGCGAUGAGCAAUACGUUGGGGGCAAAUAUUCUCGACAUUUUACUUUGCCUGGGCUUACCGUGGACAAUAAGUUGUCUAAUGAAAGGAAGAGACGUGGAGAUCGUAUCAGGAGCUAUAUCCUACAGUGUACUUACAACAGUUAUUUGUAUAGUAGUUCUUUUUACAGUUAUAGCAUGUUUCAAUUUUAAAUUAAACAAAAAGGUAGGAAUUAUAUGUCUAGUGUUAUAUGCAAUAUUUUUAAUAUUUGCCAUUCUCGUAGAAUUGAACAUUUUCUUCUUUGUAAAUUUACCAAUGUGUCCUCAUACCGAUGAAUUAUAUUGAUUACUUUCGUA